AUGCAGCAGGAGCAGAUCAAUCCCCUCAACAACAUGCUGCCGCCCAACCAGGCUCCCGCGCCCGGCCAGAAGCAGCAACUUUCGAUCGAUCGUGAAAAGAGCAGCAUCCCCAUGGGCGGCAAAUUCGAGGGCCAGGUCUGGGUCUAUCCCAGCGAGCAGAUGUUCUUCAAUGCCAUGCGCCGCAAGAGCUGGGAUCCCGAGGAGCGCGACAUGUCCGUGAUCGUGCCCAUCCACAACGCCGUCAACGAGCAGGCCUGGCGAAAGAUCAUGGAGUGGGAAAGUGUGCACAAGACCGAGUGCGGCCAGCCGAGGCUGCUGCAGUUCCAGGGCAAGCCCAAGGAGUAUUCGCCCAAAGCCCGCAUCAUGAACUUUUUCGGAUACACCCUCCCGUUCGAUCGCCAUGACUGGGUUGUUGACCGCUGCGGCAAGCGGAUCACCUACGUCAUUGAUUUCUACAGCGGCGACACCAAGGCAACCAAGCCCGGACAGGUGUCGUUCUACCUGGACGUUCGACCGGCCAUCUCGUGGGAGGGUGUGAAGGACCGGCUCUACAGGUUCGCGACGACGGGAUCGGGGCUCUUUUGA